CGUACGAGAAAAAAAAAAAAAAAAGUUAAUAAAAAAACUCCGAAAAACAAAUAUGUGUUUUAGCAUCCUAAAACAAGCAACAUUUUUAUGUGCACCAUCUGCAGAUUCUCAUUAGAAUUAGAGAAAAAAAAAAAAAAAACAGUAAAAAAAAAAUAAAAAAAAUUGUACGGGGCCUUGAGUACGAGUAGCGUACGAGAAAUGAGUACAACUUGUACUCGUAUGAGGCGAGUGAGGGGGCCUGUUUUGGUGCCAGCGAGCGAGGUGCCCCUUCGCGAUGGUCGCUUCUCUCCCUCCCAUCAUCCGAUCUCUGCACAGCCCGAGGGGGAGCCACUUAGGCGUUUGGAGAGGUUGGCGUCGUCAGCAGGCAGAGACCGGACACAUGACGGCGAGGAUCGUGCGGGGGAGAGGACUCCUUGCGACGCCGGUAUCCGCCCCCGCUCGCCAUCGGUGCUCCGCACACAGGACUUCGAGGACAUAGGGCUUGGCGGGAGCUUGGGAGGUUUUAGUGUCGAGGGACGUCGACGUGCCUCACCGCAGGAUGUGCGCACAGACGCGGACGUUGAGCGGGGCCCUGUUGAAACUGAGGAGGAGAGGGAUGCCCGUUUGGACCGAGAGGAGGAGGAGCGGCUGAGGAGUUUGCCACAAUGGGAGGGUCGGUUCGCGUAUCUCGACGAGCAACGUCGGCAGAGGGACUUGGAGACAGGAGGGGAGGGGAAGCAGGACGUCGACGACUCUGGUGUCCCUGAGGAGGCGGUUCAGGGGGAGUUCAAUUAUGAGGGGCAGGAUGCUGCCGUGGCUGUCCCUGAGGGGCAGGAUGUUUUCAUGGGCGGUGGGUCCCCUAGUGGGGGCCGUGGCGACAGCGAGACCGCGGGUGAUGAGGGACAGGGUGCCGCAGUGUGCGGCAGAGGAGAGGGUGGACCCGGUGAAGAUGGGGAUACUGCGGGUGUCGGUGGAGACGAUGGCCUGGACGGCGACGAUGACGACGACCACGGUCCGGAUGACGAUCCGUAUAGGCUCGCCUUGGUGUUGAGGGACCCCACAGUGCCUCGCAUGCGCCCUGACGGCACAACGCACACUUUCUUCGACGCCGACGCUUUGGCACAUACGUUGACGGAUGACCCUUUCGCACACCUGAGCCGCAAGAGCGGCAAGCAGCGGGCCCAUGGGAGGGUAUAUUCACCGCCGCCGUUCACAGUGCAGAGCCCUCACUGGUCGGAUUCGUCGCUCAGCGGCGUUAGAGGGAGCGAGUCUGAUGCGGGUGAGGUGGGGUCCGACAGACGCAGCGACGGCGACAGAGAUAGUGGAGGAUCGAUGCCUCCACCGCCCGCACGGAUUCUGGAGGGCAGGGUCGACACCGGGGACCGGACGGUGGCACCCGGAGUUGCGCACAGUGGCGAUGGCAGGCCACAUGCUUGGUUUGUCACGAGCGGAGACGAGGAGGACAUUGGUCCUCGAGGCCCCAGGGACAUCCACGGACAGGCUGCUGGGAGAGCAGUUCACAUCGGGCGAGGAGGAGUUGUUGAUGCGUCCCGGGACGAGACGACAGCAUGGCCUCUCAGAGGUUGAGGGGUCGCCGCUGGGCUGGCAGCAUUGGACGCG